AUGGCAAAGAGGCGUCUGCUCCGAAGUGUCAGCAGUAGCAAGGUGGAGCCGCGGGGGCCCCGACGGUGGCGGCGGACGGCGGCGGCCGCGGUGCUGCUGGUGGAGGCGCUAGAGCGCGCCGCCUUCUUCGGCAUCUCGGCCAACCUCGUGCUCUACCUGAACAGCGCCAGCUUCCACUGGGACGGCCAGCAGGCGUCCCGCGCUGCGCUCGUCUUCCUGGGCGCCUCCUACCUGCUGGCGCCCGUGGGCGGCUGGCUGGCCGACGCGUACCUGGGCCGCCACCGCUCCAUCACGCUCAGCCUGCUGAUCUACCUGUCGGCCUCCAGCCUGCUGCUGGCCACCGCCUUCCUCGACGGCCGCCGCUCCUUCUGCGGGGAGGUGCCCCAAGCGCCGCUGGGGUCCGCCUGCCCGUCGCCCGCCUGCCCGCGCGCCUCGUCCGCCCCGUACUGCGCGCCCACGCUCUACUCGGGGCUGCUGCUGCUCGCCCUGGCCGCCAGCUCCAUCCGGAGCAACCUCACCUCCUUCGGGGCUGACCAGGUGAUGGACCUUGGCCGCCAGGCCAGCCGCCGCUUCUUCAACUGGCUUUACUGGAGCAUCAAUGCGGGUGCUGUGCUGUCGCUGCUGGUGGUGGCCUUUAUCCAACAGAACAUCAACUUCCCGCUGGGCUACGGCAUCACUGUGGGCUGCGUGGGCCUGGCCUUCUUCAUUUUCCUCUUUGCCACCCCCAUCUUUGUCACCAAGCCCCCCACAGGCAGCCAGGUGUCCUCUAUGCUUAAACUUGCUCUCCAAAACUGCUGUCCUCGGCUGUGGCACCGACACUCUGCUAGAGACCCCCAAGGCACCCAAACGGUGCCUGCGCAGAGGUCUUCCCAGUCUGGCCCUUCCCAGCAAGAGGACAUUGCCAACUUCCAGGUUCUGGUGAAGAUCUUGCCCGUCAUGGUGACCCUGGUGCCCUACUGGAUGGUGUACUUCCAGGUGAGCAUCUUGACCUUUCGUUCUGGGGACACUGGCUCCCCAGCCCCUCCACGGGGCUCAGCUCUCACUGAAGAACCCCGGAGCUUGUGGAAAGCGGGGGCUGGGGCUCACAGAGUGAACUGGAGCUCCGUGGGGGCUGGCACAAAGCCAUCCAGCCAAGGCAAAAAUCAAAGGUUGAAAUUCACAUCUGAGACCUCCACCCUGCCCCCAGGCCAGUUUUCUCUUCCUUACCUGCUGCUCAGUCAUCAGCUACCUAUAGUAACACCUAUUACAUGCCAAGCUCUGCCAUGUGCUAAGCUGCCCACAGUAGACCUGGCUACAGUGCCCCCCUUUCCCCCUCCAGGAGGCCUAGAGAUGGAGCGUUUACGGUACAUCCAUCGCAAUGAGACGGUGUCCCAGAAGAUCGGGAAGAACGUGUACUAUGCAGCACCUCUGUCCAUCUGGUGGCAGGCCCCUCAGUACCUGCUUAUCGGGAUCAGUGAGAUUUUUGCCAGUAUCCCAGGCCUGGAAUUUGCCUACUCGGAGGCUCCUCGCUCCAUGCAGGGUGCCAUCAUGGGCAUCUUCUUCUGCCUGUCGGGAGUGGGCUCGCUGUUGGGCUCCAGCCUCGUGGCACUACUGUCCCUGCCAGGGGGCUGGCUGUACUGCCCCAAGGACUUCGGGAACAUCAACAAUUGCCGGAUGGACCUCUACUUCUUCCUGCUGGCCGCCAUUCAGGCCGCCACGGCCCUGCUGUUUAUCUGGAUCGCCGGCCGCUACGAGAAGGCAGCUCGGGGCCCAGUCUCCCAAAGCUGUCCCAGCAGGGAUCGGGGCUGAGCACCCCCUGCUCCCCUCUGCAGGACACAGACAGCAGCAGUCCAGGGUGAGGGCGGGGUUCCUUGAGUUUAUUCUGUACCCGACAUUAGGAUGAAAUGGUUCCCAUAAAUAAGGGGCUUAAGCCCUUCCUCACAA